GAAAAUAGAAUAAAAAUCAUAAAUCACAAUCAGCUCCAUAAAGUAUGAAGUGAUUUAAAACAAAACAAAAGAAGAAGGCCGAUAGAUCAUGUGUAGUGCCCAACAGUUCAACAAACUAAGGGAUAGUUAAUGUUUUCAGGUUGAGGAAACAAAUUAAACUAUGUCUAAGCAAGUUCUUUUGGUCGCUUUGCUGGUGACAAUUAUAGGGUUGACCUCCUGCCUGUCUUCAUCUUCAGUUCGAACAUCAACAGGACAGACGUCUGAGGAUAGAAUUCAUGAGCUUAUUUUGCUUGGUAAGAACAAAUGCUCGAACUGCCAAAGCGAAGCAAAUAAGGUUUUGAAUAGACCUGACAAGUCGGACAUGUGCGAAGCAGUACGUGAAUACUCAGGAUGUGCAUUAAUUCUUUGCAAUGGUGGUGAAAGUGUUAGAGUAUAUUACGUUCAGGCUCAAGAUAUCUGUGACAACGCUAACAUUGCUCAAGUGUCCUUAUUGGUACUUCUCAUAACUGCAGUGGCCAGAUUUCUGGUUUAGACAUCUUUCCUCUUGGAGCCAAAUUAAAAAAAAAAUAGAAAUUAUUAAAUUAUUUGAAAUAAAAGAAAAGGUAAAAAAUGUUUAUCAAAUAACUAACAAAGAAAGCCAUAAUACAAUAAAGUAAAAAGGUUACAUACUAAUAAAGAAAUAUGAAAAGAU